GGGGCGGAGCUCCAGAGCGCCUGGAUUUGCGCUUGCGCCGUGGUUGAGCAUGGGCUGGCGGCGGGUCCGGGUCUGCAGGGUGGCUCUGCAGGCAGCGGGGUAUGGUUGGUUGGGUUGAGCCGCGUGGGCCUGGGGCGCGGAGCUGGAAGGGGUGGCAGUGAGCGGAGGCUGCGGGCUCCAUUUGGUUGACUGGAGAGUCGGCAGGAGGCAGGAGCCAUGCAGGGCCAGCGGAGCCUGCUGCUGGGCCCUGCCCGCCUCUGCCUGCGCCUGCUUCUGCUCCUGGGCUCCAGGCGCCGCUGCCCCCCUCUGCUCCGGGGCCUGGUACAGCGCUGGCGCUAUGGCAAGGUCUGCCUGCGCUCUCUGCUCUACAACUCCUUCGGGGGCAGUGACACCGCUGUCGAUGCUGCCUUUGAGCCCAUCUACUGGCUGGUGGACAACGUGAUCCGCUGGUGUGGGGUGGUGUUCGUGGUGCUGGUGAUUGUGCUGACCAGCUCCAUUGUGGCCAUCGCCUACCUGUGUGUCCUACCCCUCAUCCUCCGAACCUACUCAGUGCCACGACUCUGCUGGCAUUUCUUCUAUAGUCACUGGAACCUGAUCCUCAUCGUCUUCCAUUACUACCAGGCCAUCACCACUCCACCUGGAUAUCCACCCCAGGGCAGGAAUGAUAUCGCAACAGUCUCCAUCUGUAAGAAGUGCAUCUACCCCAAGCCAGCCCGAACACACCACUGCAGCGUCUGCAAUAGGUGUGUGCUGAAGAUGGAUCACCACUGUCCCUGGCUAAACAACUGUGUGGGCCACUAUAACCAUCGGUACUUCUUCUCUUUCUGCUUUUUCAUGACUCUGGGCUGUGUCUACUGCAGCUAUGGAAGUUGGGACCUUUUCCGGGAGGCUUAUGCUGCCAUUGAGAAAAUGAAACAGCUCGACAAGAACAAACUACAGGCGGUUGCCAACCAGACUUAUCACCAGACCCCACCACCCACCUUCUCCUUCCGAGAAAGAAUGACUCACAAGAGUCUUGUCUACCUCUGGUUCCUGUGCAGUUCUGUGGCACUUGCCCUGGGUGCCCUAACUGUAUGGCAUGCUGUUCUCAUCAGUCGAGGUGAGACUAGUAUUGAAAGGCACAUCAACAAGAAGGAGAAACGUCGGCUGCAGGCAAAGGGCAGAAUUUUUAGGAAUCAUUAUAACUACGGCUGCUUGAACAACUGGAAGUUAUUCCUGGGUGUGGACACAGGAAGGCACUGGCUUACUCGGGUGCUGUUACCUUCCAGUCACCUGCCCCACGGGAAUGGAAUAAUCUGGGAUCCCCCUCCUUGGGUGACUGCUCAGUCGGCCUCUGUGAUGGCAGUGUGAGCUGGAUUCUGUCAGCCACAAUUUGAGCAUCACCCUGCUUCCUGCACUGUCUUGAGGGCCUCCAAGGGUAGCUUCUUGGAACUCUUGAGCAACAAGAGCCAGUGGACCUGCCUUAGGGUACCAUGCACAGACAACCCAAGGACCCGACUCCUGGCCACUGCAGAAGCACGGCACGAUGUGGAAAAGUCCUGGGACUGAUGUUCCUUUCCUCAGGCAAACAGAAGUUCCAGCCGUGGACUGGAGAUUAGGCAGCUAGCAACCUUGCCGGGUGCUGACCCCAACCUCCAGGUUAUAGCACUGGAGUUGGCCACCACCACUUCCACUUGCUGUCUGAGAAAACGCCUGAAUGGUCAUGCUGAGAUCCUGGCUUCUCAACAGGGCAAAGAUACCAGGCCUACUGCUGAGGUCACUGCCACUUCUCACAUGCUAAAGGGAGCAAAAAUAAAGGUAUUUGAUUUUUAAAGAU